CACUUCCUUUGCCCUAUUGAUGUGUUGUGUUCACGUAAACAGUGAUAGUUUAUUGAGGAUAGUAGAAAGUCUACUUCCCUGUGGCAUGAUGUUUCAUUUAAUUGGUUUUCUUUCUUUAUGCUAUUUAAUUAACAUUAGAACUUAUAUACCAACAUAAUUAGAAUCUAGAUCUAGUAGGCUUAUACUUAUAACGAAUUAUUGGAAUAUUGGAAAUCAAAUAAAAUAUUAAACAAAGCAAGCUUUUGUAGUCUGGCCUGUGUUAUGGUGUGUGUUUAAUUUGAAAUAGAUAACAUGGAUUAUCAGAUGUUGAUUAACAAGACUUUGAAGUAAUCAUAAUGUAAAUAUAUAAAGUUCAGUGAAAGUUUUCCACACAUAAAAAUUCACUGGAGUUAACUGUGCAAUGAACAAUAAUAUGCCUGAGAUCGGCCGCCGAGCAUCUUCAAGAGACUGGGCCACCAGGAUACAGAUUCAUGGAAUCUUGUUGAAGAAGCCUUUCAAUCACCAGUCUAGUAAAUGGUCAAAAAGAUUUUUUCUAGUAAAGGAUGGAUUCCUUAUGUACUAUGAUGCAAAUGAGAAAAAAGAUUAUGAGAGAAGAGAAUAUUUUAACAUUCACCCUAAGGGAGUGUUACCUUUGGGAGAAUGUCAUUUUAAAGCUUGCAGAGAACAACAACAGCCAUUUUGUUUGCAGAUAGAAAGUCCAGAGAUUGGUGGGGGGAAGCUUAUCUUGUCAGCAGAGAGUGAGUAUGAAAGAAAUUCCUGGCUAGAGAUCCUGGAGAGAUCAAGAAGAGUAACUUGGAAAAAUACUCAGCUUGGCGAUGAAAUGAUUCGUACAUUAGAAAAUCAAGGUUUAGAAAUGGCCAUUGAAAAACAAAAUUACAUAGAUCGAUUACAAUCUGAAGUUUUAGCGUUAUCUGAAGAAAAAAUGAAAACAGAAGAAUUGGAAAGGGUGAACCAAGAGUUGGAAAAAGAAAAAAUAAAGCUAGAAAACUUCACAAAGGAAAUAAAAGAGGAAUAUGAAAGGAUAAAAUUAGAGCUGGAGGAGACCAACACACUGGCCCAGGAGGUAGAGAAUGAAAGAGUCGCCCUCGCUACGUCUUUAAUCAAACAAAGUCAGCAGCUGGAGCAUUUACAUAAAGACAAACAGAGAAUCCUGGAUGAACUAAAGCAAAGUAUGGAAGAGCAAUCCAACCUGAGCAAAGAGAAGCAGAGCUUGUCACAGAGAUCUGAAGCCUUACAGAAACAGCUCCAGGACAUUGAGAACCUCACUAGGGAUGUUGAGAAUGAAAAGACCUCUGCUGAAAUGAGACUUCGAGACAAACAGGAAAGACUGGAACAGUUGGAAGAAGAGAAGACAGCAAUAUCAGAACAUGCACAUGAGCUGGAGUCUACCAUAGAAGACCUGGUUUCACAAAAAGCUAUGACAGAAAAAGAAUUGAAGGAUGAAAUCAAAGCAAGAAUCGCAGCUGAGCAGAGGUUGAAGGAGGCGGAGCUAUCAUUAAAGUGUCUUGACCAGGCAGUUAUCUCACAGUCACAUCGAAUAGAAACAGAAGUAAAAAAAGAAAUGACUAUCAAUGUGAAAAAGUUGAAAGAUUUCUUUGAAGAUUUAGCACAAGAAGCAAAAAUUUCUUCAGAAAAUCCAUUGAUUAUCAGAAAUGGUUUAAUGGCUCGUAAAACAAUAGCCAGACGGGCUAAAACUGUCAGAUAUGAGAACAGGAAGAGGUCAUCAAGUGUGAAUUCUGACCCAGAUAGGAAUGCCAUGUCCUGUGACCUGAGCUCCCUGCGACCAAAGACCAACAUUCGCCGAGCUGUGACAUCCAUUGAUCGCACCACCAGAGAGCAGCUGAGCACCCAUGAGGAGAUGAACGAAGACCUUUUUUAAUCACAUUUGUAGAUUCCUCCUACCCAGUUAGCACUGCACCCUCAUGACAUAAAUGGCACAUCAAUACAUUCUAAUCUUGCAUUUCUUCCAAUAAGAAGAACAUUUUUGCAAAUGCUCUGUGCAAAAUAUUUUAAACCAAUUUUGAGCUUCCAAAUGUAUAGCCUUACUUAUAAAAUAAAAAAAAUAUUUUUGAAAGAUUAACUAGGUUACAGUUAAGUUGCAGGCAGUAAAAUAGAUUGAACUAUUUGAAAUUUUAAAGAAAUAUUUGGGGAUAGAUACAUUUGGUUAAGCUUAUGUGUUUUAAAAUUAUUAUGCAUUUAAAAUGUGAGUUCAAUACAAGAGAUUUAAUUUAUAUUGUAUGAUAUUUUUUCAUUCUGUGGGUAUAGGCAGAUUUUUUCUCCCAUCUUAUUUUUUUUUAAAGUUGAAUGAAAAAUAUUUUAUACUCACUACCAACUGUUUUGAAAAUGUUCCCUACAUAAACUUAAAAAGGCAGAAGUAAGUAACAUUCCACAAAUUAUGCUUUAUUACAUUUUAGAAAAGCCAAUUAGGUAAAACAUUGGUAUAUAACAGUAUUACAAUUUCUAUAGCGUCAGCCAUAUGAUUAGCUAAAAUAAUAAGUCCUUGUUACUCCGUACAUCCAGCGCUUGCAGCUUGUACACAACUUCCAAGUCUGCCCCUGUCUAUAUGGCUCUUCUAAUCUAUGUUGGAAAUUAGCCUUCUUUGUAUUGUUAUAUUUUCAGUUUGUUGUGGUUUAACUGUAUAUGUAUCAAUUUUUAAAGUUAUUGCUUUAAGAAGAAGAAUAAGAGAAACCUGAGAAAUUUUAACAUAUAACUUUACAACACUAAACAUUUAACAGGGUUUACAAAUUAUUUUUAAAAAUGUAAGUUUCCGUUUUAAUUGUUAUAGGGAAACCAUUUUAUAUUUUUCUGUAGGCCUACUUAAUGUAUAUUAAGUUUAUUUUUUAUGUCAAGUAUGUAAAAAAGUCUAUGCCAGCUGUUAUAAAGAGAUUCUUGAAUGUCUUACUAUUUAUAACCUUGUACUGUAAUAUAUUUUUUGUUGCCACUUGAAAAACUUCGUCCAUCAGGAGUGGAUCUCAAGGUUUUGAUUUCCACAUGGCAUGCAACUUGUGCAUAAUGUAAAAAUAAUUGUUAUA